AUGAACUUUGGCUCAAUUCCGUUUGGUCUUCAACCACAAGGACCCUUUCUCAAUCAGGUUCAACCAUCACGUUACACCCAAUGGAACAAUCCAGCCCGCAACUCAAGUACUCAGCACAGAUCCCUCAACGGCCACACUGGCAAUCAUCAAGGCAUCCAUUUUGGUAAUAUUGAUGGUAGUCUCCCAAAAAAUACUAACCAUCUUUACCAACAGCUUCACCAUACUGGCCAACAAAUUCAUCCCCAAAGUGGCGGGUUUGGUAUACCAAAUUGCGGUCUCCCAAACGGCAUCCGUCAAGCCCCUCAACAGUAUCAUCACAGCGGCCAGCAACUCCCCCAUCAGUUUGGUUUUGCGAACAAUACUCAUCAUACCGGCAAACCACUUCAGCACAGCUUGCAACAUCAGCCAACUCCUCAAGGCGAGUCUGGCCUCCGUGGCCCUCCUCCUGUGGGCAGCACGAACUUUCAUGAUGGCCGGACCAAUGGCGCCGACCCGCAGCAUUGUCAGGUUGACAGCCAUCAUGACAUCUCUCCCCCCAAUGGACAACAUCACCCACCACCCACCCCAUCCAAUACCAGCCCCAACAAUCCAGCACCCCAGGCGGCACGCAAACCGCAGAAGCCGCAUAAGAAAACCACCCAUUCCCAUGUGGAAGCUGGCCAAGCAUCCCGAAGUACUGAAGCCACCGGGAAUGAACAGCAGACUGAUCUGCCUGUGGGGCCAACCCAGCAUGAGAUCAUCACUCAAUUCCUCAAUGUCAACAAUCCGCCUAGUAAAUCCAGCCCAUUGGUACAGCUGACCAUCAACGGCCUGCUCCAACCUGAGGCCAAGUUAGUCAAUGAAGACAUUGACAACAGACUUAUCCGAGUAAUUCAUGACCAAGAAGCACUCAUUGGACGCACUCGUGCUACUGUAAGGAAACCUCACUCUCCUCGUACUGCACAAUCUGGCAUAGAGCACGCCAAUCUAGAGGGGACAGUCAACGGCGAUGGCAGCAAACAAACAACUACCGCUCAAUUACAGUCUCCUCCCACCCGCAAACAAAAAUCUCCAGGUACUAGAACCACGGCACCCCCUAAGCAAAAGCGUGCUCGGAAAACACCAGCAGCCCAAAGAAAAGCACGAUUGCCACCUUUGACUGCAGCUGAACGAGCCUUAGAUCCUUCUUCCUCCGAAUCGGACUCCAAAACCCGCAACAGCUUCAGUGUUAUCCAAGACUCAUCUUCUCAAUCUGACCACCUCUCUGAAAGCGGACACAGAAGAUCCUGUGAGAAUGAAGACAGUACUGCCUCCAACCAGUCACACUCAAACGAGGUGGCUACACCGGCCAUUUGCAAGAAGUGGCGCCCCAAGAAAGUUGACCGUACCACCUUGAUUGCCUUCACCUUCAAUCAGCAUCUCCUAGCCCUAGUCACCCGGAAGAAGAGCCCCUUGUUCCUCGAUGAACCUGGUCGCUCGCAUUGCUUGGCCUCGCCUUCUCGACUUACUACCUCUACUGUGCCCGGCUCGUCCAACAAAGGGUCGCCCAAUUCGAUCAUCCAACCCCCUAUAUCCGCACCUCCAUUGAUUGCAUCGUCUGCAGCGGUCUGGGACCAGCCCAAUCGGGCUGCUCUUCUCACUUGA